UUUCCAUACAUACUGGAAUAGGAGGAGACUUCCCCUGUUUUCUAGCCAACGUGGAGUUUUGAGGUGGUGAGCAUGGAUGAUGACGAUGAGUAUGCCAAGCUCAUUAGGAAGAUGAACCCCCCAAGCGUCAUAAUUGACAACGACGCUUGUGACGAUGCGACUGUGAUUCAGGUGAAUAGUGUAAAUGCAAAUGGCAUCCUUCUAGAAGUUGUUCGAGUCCUCAUUGAUCUCAACCUCAUAAUCACCAAAGCAUACAUAUCUUCCGAUGGAAAAUGGUUCAUGGACGUGUUUAAUGUAACCGAUCGCAAUGGCAACAAACUCAGGGACAAAAAGAUCAUCAGCUACAUACAAACAUCCUUAGAAUCAGAGGCCUGCUUAUCAUCACUAAGAAAAAGUUCCGUAGGUGUGAAGCCCUCCAACGGCUAUACCUCAAUUGAGCUGAUGGGCACCGACAGGCCCGGCUUGCUAUCUGAAAUCUGCACUGCACUCACAGACUUCAAGUGCAACGUAGUGAAAGCUGAGCUCUGGACGCACAACACCCGAGUUGCAUCAGUAGUUCAUGUGACUGAUGAGUCCACAAGAAGUGCAAUCGAGGACCCGGAAAGGCUCUCCACCAUAAAGGAAUUGCUCCAUGAUGUCCUCAAGGGAGGCGACGAUUCAAGGAGAGCAAAGAUGACGGUCUCAACGGGGGGCACCCACACGGAGAGGAGACUGCAUCAGAUGAUGUAUGACGACAGGGAUUACGAGGGAGUUGGGCUGGUAGAAGAAGGUGUCAAGAAAUCCAGACCUCAAGUUUCUGUCAUGGACUGCAAAGAGAAGAACUACACCAUCUUUGUUUUGAGGUGCAAGGAUCGGUCGAAGCUUUUGUUUGACACUAUAUGCACCCUCACAGACAUGCAGUACGUGGUGUUCCAUGGAACGGUCGACACAGGAAAUGGUGAAGCUUAUCAUGAAUACUGCAUCAGGCACAUUGAUGGGCACCGAGUGAAGACGGAAGCUGAACGAGACCGCCUGGUCCAGUGCCUUGAAGCAGCUAUUCAAAGGAGAGCUUCCGAGGGACUGGAGUUGGAACUGAGAACAGGAGAUAGGGUUGGGCUGCUUUCAGAUAUCACUCGCAUAUUUAGAGAGAAUGGCUUGUGCGUCACAAGGGCAGAGAUAUCGACACAGGGUUCCAAAGCAGUGGAUACUUUCUAUGUCUCGGAGAUGUCAGGGAGCCCGGUGGAUGCCAAGACAAUUGACUCGAUACGCAGGCAAAUAGGUCGGAUGGUUCUAAGAGUGAAGCAGGGCCCCUUCCCAUCCAAGCCUUCGGAGGCGACGAGCGCCAUCGCAUCCCUCCUUAGGAAUUUCCUCAAGGGACGCCGUUGAUGAUGCUCAUGAAAUAAUCGAGAAUGUCCUCGGAACAAUAAUGGCUACUUUAAGAUAUUGUUCUGGAAAAUUAGCGCAGGUUGUUAUUAAAAUAAUAAAGU